GCUCUGCCCCCACGGUUACGCGAGGAAGGAAAUCUCGCGAGGUUAAAGUGUUCUGAGAGCGCUGGUCGGAGGCGGUGAACGGAGGUUUUCGCUUGGCCAGUGAUGGGGCUGAGCCCCUCUGAUUCCCCCAGGACGCCCCUGUACUGCCUCGCUGAAGAAGCUGAACAGGCAAGAGGAGUCUCUUCCCCUGGGUGCAUAGGUCCCCGUUGGCCGAGGCUUUGAGUCCUAACCGCCACAGCUGACGGCUGCGAGGGAUUGAGACCAGAAAAUGAGUUGCACAAUUGAGAAGGCACUUGCUGAUGCUAAAGCCCUUGUUGAAAGACUGAGAGAUCACGACGAUGCAGCAGAAUCUCUGAUUGAGCAAACCACAGCUCUCAACAAGCGAGUAGAAGCUAUGAAGCAGUAUCAAGAAGAAAUUCAAGAACUUAAUGAAGUUGCAAGACAUCGGCCACGGUCCACAUUAGUUAUGGGAAUCCAGCAAGAAAACAGACAAAUCAGAGAAUUGCAACAAGAGAACAAAGAAUUACGUACAUCCCUGGAAGAACAUCAGUCUGCCUUGGAACUUAUAAUGAGCAAGUAUCGAGAGCAAAUGUUUAGAUUGCUAAUGGCUAGCAAAAAAGAUGAUCCAGGGAUAAUAAUGAAGUUAAAAGAGCAGCAUACCAAGAUUGACAUGGUGCAUCGUAACAACUCCGAAGGAUUCUUCCUUGAUGCAUCUCGACACAUCCUUGAAGCACCUCAACAUGGACUGCAGAGGAGGCACUUGGAAGCAAAUCAGAAUGAAUUACAAGCACAUGUUGACCAGAUAACUGAAAUGGCAGCAGUAAUGAGGAAAGCCAUUGAAAUUGACGAGCAACAGGGUUGCAGAGAACAGGAACGAAUAUUUCAACUUGAGCAAGAAAACAAAGGCUUGAGAGAGAUCCUUCAAAUAACUCGAGAAUCAUUUUUGAAUCUUAGAAAAGAUGAUGUGUCGGAAAGUACAUCUUUGUCAGCAUUAGUGACCAAUAGUGACCUGAGUCUGAGGAAGAGCUGAAGAGCUUUUAAGUCUGUGAAUGAAUUAACAGAAAAAUCCAUCUCAAGCUGCCCUUUGUUUUAUUUUUUUAUAAUACGUACAGUGCACUGGCAAUGACAUUUUUAAAAAAUAGCAACAAGAAAAUGCAUAGUUAAUGGUCAUAGACGUUAUUCCAAACUAUAAUUGAAAAAUAGAAGCUAAGCCUUUGUUAACUGGUGAACAAGUUAAAGAUUUUCACAGUGACUGCUGAAUGUAUCAAGAGCUUUCAGCAGUGCUGUUGGCUUUCUGGUUGACACUUGGAUAAACAUGAAUAUCCCCAACAAAUGUCUGGGAAUUAAUAGAAACAUCCCAAUUUUAAAAUACAAAUUUUGCCACAGUAUUGUGAAUGGAAAAUCGUCAUACUAAAUUAUAUCCUCCCUAUAUGGUGAAAGCUAACAAAUAGCUUAUGUACCAUGAGACUUCAGCUUUAAUGAUUGCCUAUCUACCUUCUCAUUAAUUUAAAUUUUUGUCAAAGAAAGUUCAGUUUGAAAGACUUAGGAAUGUUUUAUAUGCACCAUAACUAAAAGAGGUAAUUUAAUUUUAGCUAAUUUAUCCUAAUUAAUACUGAGCUAACAAUUGUCCAUGAUUUGCUUAAGUAUAUGAAAUAUUUCAGGGAUGAAAGAGAAGGAAUACUACUUUCUAAGAAAGAAGAGCUUAUAAGAGACAUAUUUAGUAGGUUAAACUACUUCUUUGAAAGAAUAAGUUUUGGUUCUAAUCAGUAAUGAAGAUGAGAGUUUUCUCUUCUCUGGUUGAUCUUUAAGGAUAUUAUGUAGCUCAUUUAGCUAACAGUUGAAAUGUUUGAUAUAGCAAGAUAAGUAUGGUAAUUUCAAAGUAAAUUGGGAAUUCCUCUGCCUCAAAACCUUUUUUUUUCCUUAAGUAAUUACGCUUAAGACAUAUAGAAACAGUAAGUUAAAAUUUAAAAAAAAUUUUUUUCUAGAUCUAUUCUUAAGUUCCAUCUGGUUCUCAUAACCUAUAAGAUGUUUCUUGUAACCUUUCAGUCAAAGGGCUGGGGGGUGGUGAGGGGGAAAUCUGGAUUUAUAAGUAUUUGUUUUAUUUUUUACAGAAUAUAUAUCCAGUAUAUAAAUUUUUAAAAGCUGCUAGAAAUAGAAAUGUGCUUUAACAUCAGUUGAAAUCUAAAUAUUUCAUAUUCUGUCGUGAUUAUAGAAGAAAAGGUAAGAGUGUCAAAUAUGAUUAUUAAAUAUACCAUACUCAUUUAUAUUAAACAUAUAUCAAAAAUAGCACAAUAGAAAAUUCUACUUUGGAGUAUAUAAUUUGUUAAAGUAAUAUUUACAUGGUAACUUUUAUGUAUAAUUUCAUUUAUUGGUAAAAUUCAAAACUACUUUUCACUUUGGAAAUUUUUAUCUUAAGUUUGGGGUAAGUGGGGUUGAUGGGACUGACUGAAAUAGAAAAGGGCUAAUGGCCCAAACAUUAAAUAGAUUUCUUUUCUCAUUCAGAGGCCUUAAUUGUUAUUUGAUAAACAAGUGACAGUUUUUAUUUUUAAACUUUUCUAUUGGUUUUGGGGAAAAUAUCCUUUAAUUUGAUGGCACAUUCAUUCAUAGAGUUUUUAUCCCAAGUCAGAAUUGAAAUAAGCUACACAAUUGAGAGUAAGUCUGAGGCAAUUCAUUGGGGCAGCUCUAUUAUAAAACAUUACUUGAUAAAUAAUUAUUUUUGUAAACAAAUAAGUUGAGUUAAUUUAUUCUUCGUCUUCUUACUUGGAUAUUAUUUUAAGAACUUGGUGUUUAAAGACAUUUAUGUUAUUAUAUAGCAACUGUGUUCUAUCCCAUACUUUUUUUUUUUUAAGCAGAACCUUAAAUUUACGUCUGAGAAUAUGUACUACUAGGAACCUAUUUUAUCAAUAAAGAUGAGCGAUUAAAAUUGG